UAUGUCAACUUUCUUCACCCCCACGUGUUCUCCUUCGCCUUCUCCUUCUUUAAAGCUUCAUCUUUGUAGCCAUGAAAGCUCUCUCAAGCUCUUUGCCUCGAGGCCCCUGAUGUGCUUUUUUCGAGAUAUUGGGAUCUAGAAAAAUGGGGUGCACUAAUUCGAUUUCAAGACAUAUAAAUGGAAAGAAGAAGCAGCUUCAUGUUCCUGAAGUUGCAAUCUUUGUGCCAACACUGAGAAUUCCUAAAGAAAUAGAUUUUCAAAGAGCUCUACAAGGGACUGUAACUCCAAAAUUAGUGGAAAAGUUAUCGAGUCUUCGGUCUCAAAUUGUGUUGAUUGCAGAAGGGGGAUGUCUCAAGUUUUCCAGGCCAACAAACAACAUACCAGUUCUUGAAGGAGGAUCCAGUCUUUCUGACCUUCAACGGGCUCUUGAAGAAUACCUGCCUGUUGUUCUUGGUCUGACAAGAAAAGAUUACAAUCUUGUUGGGAUGGUGAAUUUCAAAUGGAUAAGGCAGGACAAUCAGCAGGAAACUUCAAUAGAAAGCACCUGGUAUGAGUUAUUGUCAGUACUCCACUUAAUGGCCAUGGUAUCUUUGUCACAAGCAAACCAGAUACUUAUUCCUGAAGAUCCCAUUGAUGCUAGUGAAAGGAAGGUCUCUGAAGGUUGCAAGACGAGAGGGAUUGAUUUAUUGCUAUUGGCUGCUGGAUAUUUAGAAUUUUGUGUGAGAUGCAUAUAUAUUCACAUGCCACUAGAGGUUAAGAAGCGGCUUCCGAGAGAUUUGCAUGAGGAUGCUUUGGAAGCCACUUCUCUUCAAGCACUAGCCCAGGGAAUUGAAAUGCAGCUAGGAUUCGCCCUUGAAAGCGAGAAGGCCACUUUAUCAGUGAAACGGAGGUUGGCAUGUGAGCAAGUAGAAUAUUUAGCUAAGGGUUAUUGUUGCUUGCCUAGCUGUAAUUUUGUUGAAAGAUAUGAAAGGAAGCACCUCUUGUUCAUCAAAUGGAAGUACCUUGAAGCAAAGGCAGCAGCUUACUUCUAUCAUGGUCUAAUUCUUGGCAAGGGUGGUGAGGCAGUCGAUCACAUGAAUGCAGUGAAAUGCCUUCUUGCUGCCGAUGAAUUGCUUGUGGAUAGCAAGAAAGCAUGCUUAAGCUUUUGUGUUACUGCUCCUGUGACGAGGGCUUCCCCUCUCUGGGGUGCAAUGAAGCAUUUGCAUCAUAAAAUACCAGAGGUGGCCCUAAAGAAGUCCCAGAUGUAUGAUCAUCUUUUCAAUUCUAACAAAUUUUUUCCUCAAGCACUGCCCGAGCUUCCCGAGUUCCCACUGUCUCUAAAACCUGAUUCCUACGAGUUUCCUUCAACUGAUUCUUCAUGGGAAAAUGGUUUAUGUGAUUUGAAGGUCCAAACCCUUAAAGAGCACCUCAAAGAUUGUGAGGAUUCAGAUUUAGAAUGACGUUUUUUUUUGGCAUUGUUAUUCUACAUUGAAGAAUCUUAAUGUGCAAUUAAUAUAAAAUAAAUGUAAUAUGGUCA